CAUUAACUCACGCAAAACCUAGACCCUUCUGACUUGCCGUACCAAGAAGCGCCAGAAGAAACAUGGCGGCCGCUGCGCUCGUUAGCCGUCCUGCAAGUGUCCUUCCCAGAUUUUCAAGUUCCUGCUCCCCUGUGGUGCUAUCAGCCGUCCCUGUGACAGUCCAGCAGAGAACGGUCCACCAUGCUGUCAUCCCCAGAGGGAAAGGGGGGCGCUCCUCCUCCAGUGGGGUAGCAGCCACAGUCUUCGGAGCCACCGGCUUCCUGGGAAGAUAUGUUGUCAACCGCCUGGGUCGUAUGGGUUCUCAGAUUGUGAUUCCUCACCGGUGUGACCAGUAUGACCUCAUGUAUCUCAGGCCCAUGGGGGAUCUAGGACAGGUCAUCUUUAUGGAGUGGGAUGCCAGGAACAAGGAUUCUAUCAGAAAAGCAUUGGCUCACUCCAAUGUGGUCAUCAACCUGGUGGGACGAGAGUGGGAAACCAAGAACUAUCCCUUUGAGGACACCUACGUGAGCAUCCCUCAGCAGAUUGCCAUAGCCACCCGGGAGGCAGGCAUCACAAAGCUGAUCCAUAUAUCUCACCUCAACGCUGACAUCCGCAGCCCCUCCAAAUACCUUAGGAAUAAGGCAGUAGGUGAGACGGCUGUGAGAGAUGAAUUCCCUGAUGCCAUCAUCAUGAAGCCUGCUGAGAUGUUUGGAAGGGAGGACAGAUUCUUCAACCAUUUUGCCAACAUGCGCUGGUUUGGGAAAGCUGUGCCUCUCAUCUCCAUGGGGAAGAAGACGGUGAAGCAGCCUGUUCAUGUGGUAGAUGUGGCCAAGGCUAUCAUCAACGCCAUCAAGGACCCUGAUGCCAAUGGCAAGACAUAUGCACUAGUUGGACCAAACCGUUAUCUCCUUCAUGACCUGGUGGAGUACGUGUAUGCUGUGGCACACAGGCCCUUUGUGCCCUACCCUCUCCCACGCCCUCUCUAUCAUCUUGUUGCACGUUUCUUUGCAAUGAACCCAUUCGAGCCUUGGACAACUCCUGACAAAGUAGAUCGAUUCCAUACCACAGAUAUGAAGUAUCCAGGGCUUCCUGGCUUAGAGGACCUAGGCAUUAUCCCUGCCUCCAUAGAGCAGAAAGCUAUCGAGGUCCUGCGUCGCCAUCGCCGCUUCCGCUUCUUGGAGGCUGAGUUGGCCGAUACCAAGCCAGCCAAGACAGUCAACUAUUGAGUAGCCCGUCUUGUCUGACCGCCCAACACCACCACCAUAGCCACAGGCUGAUCCUCCUAUACAACUGUGCUGUCUUCUUUUACAAAUACUCUGUACAUAAAUAAAUAACAGAUGAUCGUCUAAAACUAUUUUGUCGUUAUGAUUCCAUGGAUCCAUUAAAACAGCAUUCAUUGUGUAGCAAAAAAUAUAUACGUCUAAAUAAUCAGUCACCUUAACACACUCCCAUGUAACGUAACAUGUGCAUCACUAUUUAUUAAGGAGAUGUACUUUGAAACCACCAUCUGGGCGAUGCUUUAGGACUUUGAGUCAGCAAGGUUCAGCAAUCUAUUCUUUCCUCCAGUAACUCACUAUCUGUUUUUAUGGAGCCCCUCCCACAGUCCCACUACACACCAAGUCUCCACCUCCACACCAACUGAUAAGAUUUCAACUGUUAUGUCCGCUUUUCCCUCAGCAAUUAUCAAUGAUGUUCUACAUCACAUAUCUGGUCUUAACAUGUAUGUUUGUGUAAUCAUGCUUGUGUUUGUAGGCCUAUAUGAUGUAGCCUAAUUGUUUAUGAAUGUAUGUUAUCCAUUCA